AUAUCACCUUGUGCCCGUAGUCUAUUCUGGUGGAAAGACGAAGCUACAAUGAAAAACUGAAUGGCUGCCCAGGCUACCUCCUCUGUCAGUGGUUCUCUGGUCUCUAUCAACACGUCUGCUAUUGUUGGAGCAGAAAUGGAUCCACAGAUCAGCUGCUGAUUGGUCCACAUAGCUGCUAAAAACCACAGACACCCAGACCAGUGUCUCCGGUGCCCAGCUGUGUGUCCAUGAAGAGUGACGAGUCCAUGGAACACCCUCGCAAUUUCAGCAGUGGACCACCAAAGUCUGAUCCAAAACCACAGACACCCAGACCAGUGUCUCCAGUGCCCAGCUGUGUGUCCAUGAAGAGUGACGAGUCCAUGGAACACCCUCGCAAUUUCAGCAGUGGACCACCAAAGUCUGAUCCAAAGAUGGAUGACAUGAAGCAGCCAGCUGGGCCAGAUGACCAAACAAACAAGAUGAUGCCUGGCACAGGGUGCAACACACUUCAACCCUCAUUCAUUUGCCAAUGCAUGCGAGAAACAUUGGACCAACUGUCUAGUGACGACCUCAAAAGGUUCAAGUCUAAUUUAAAGGAAGAACUCCCAUGGGGUAAGCUGGAGAAAGCUGACACGGAUGACAUAGUGGACCAAAUGGUACAAAAGUACUGUGUAGAAGACUCGGUUGAGGUCAUGCUGAAGAUUUUAAGGAUCAUGGGAAACAACCAGCUGGUCAAAAACUUGGAGAGGAAACUAGGCAAAGUGAUUUCCAGACCUCAGAAUAAAGAGGAAAAAUCUCCAGCCACGCAUCGCCUUCAGUCCCUCUUAAUAGAUAAGUAUUUCCUUGUACGUCAAGAGCUGGGAGACGAAGAGCUACAGGACAUCUACACUGAUCUUUGUGUUGUAGAGGGACGCACUGGGGGGGUCAACAGUGCACAUGAAGUGUCAACAAUUCACUUAAAACAAAUUGAGACCAGGACAUUCUCUGGGACCAUGAACUCAGUCAAGUUGUCAAACCUAUUCACUGACCACUAUUAUGCUGGUAAACUUGUCACAAAGGUCUUGACUUUGGGAAUAGCCGGAGUGGGGAAAAGUGUUGCUGUGCAAAAGUUUGUCUUGGACUGGGCAGAAGAGAGAGAGAACAGAAAUAUAGAACUGGUUUUUGUUCUUCCAUUUCGAGAGCUGAACUUGUACAAAGAGGACUACAGCCUAUUUGACCUUCUCCUUAAAUUCUACCCAGAGCUUGAAGAGUUUAAAGAAGCCAUGGAAUUGAAAAAGACAGUUCUUUUUGUGUUGGAUGGUCUGGAUGAAAGCAGAAUCCAGCUGGACUUCAAGGACAAGGACAACCAAGUCUGUGACCCAAAAGAAAAAGCAUCAGUUGCCAUGUUAACAACAAGUCUAAUAACUGGUAAACUGGUGCCUUCUGCACUCAUCUGGGUAACAACGAGACCAGCAGCAGCCAACAAGGACCUGUGUGACCUUUUCCACUUAGUGACAGAGAUCCAAGGCUUCAAUGAACAUCACAGAGAGGAGUAUUUUAGGAAGGUCAUUCCAAAGAAAGCUGAAGAUGUUAUAGCACACGUCAAAUCAAAGAGAAGCCUCUACAUAAUGUGUCACAUUCCAGUGUUCUGCCGGAUCACAGCAGCUGUGCUUGGAGGAAAGGGAGAAGAGCAAAGUGCCUCUGACCAGGAAAUGCCCAAAACAUUGACUGAAAUGUACACACAAUUCAGUGUCUUUCAGAUCACCAGAAUGAAUGAGAGAUGCGAGAAGAAGAUGAGCCCAGAGGAAAAAGGACAGCUCCUUGUUAAACUUGGGAAACUGGCAUUCAAACAUCUGGAGAAGGGCACCCUGAUAUUUUAUGAGGAGGACCUGAGAGAGUGUGACAUUAAUGUAAAUACAGGAGCAUUGCACGCUGGACUUUGUACAAAGAUCUUCAAAAAAGAAAGUGCUAUAAGUGGAGAGAGCAUAUUCAGCUUUGUGCACCUGAGUGUACAGGAAUUCCUGGCAGCUCUGUACUUGCUCCACACACAUGCAAUUGACCAGGCAAAUCUCUUCAUCAAGACUCCUUGGGAGAAGAUCAAAUGGAAUUUCAACUACUCAAGGUUCGACCUCUACAAGAUGUCUUUGGAGAGGGCAUUACUAAAUGAAAAUGGACAAUUGGAUCUGUGUUUGCGCUUCCUUCUUGGACUGGCUCCAAUGUUGGAGCCUGAGGUUCGGUUCCCCCUAAAUAAUGUUCUGCCACAAUUGGGUGUCGGGCAACUGAGCAUCAAGAAGACUGUUGAAUACAUCAAGAAAAAGAUUGAAAAUGAAAACAUCCCACCAGAACGAAUCAUCAACCUCUUCCACUGUCUGAAUGAACUUGGAGAUGAUUCACUGGUUGAGGAGAUCAACAGAUACAUGAGCUCAGCAGACGAGGAGAAGAGACUGACUCCAGCCCAGUGUUCAGCUCUGGCGUACCUGCUGCUGAUGUCAGCUGAAGAGCUGGAGGAGUUUGAUCUGAAGAAAUACCUGAAAUCAGAGGAAGGGCUCCACAGAAUGCUCCCUGUAGUCAGUGUCUCUAGGAGGGUUUGCCUAAAUCAGUGUCACCUCUCUAAAGCAAGCUGUGAAAUGAUGGCAUCCGUGCUGCAAAGUGCACCUUCCCAUCUGAGAGAACUGGACAUGAGUGACAAUGACCUGCAGGAUGAAGGAGUGAAGCUGCUCUGUGUGGGACUAAGAAAACCGCAGUGCAAGCUGGAGACACUGAGACUGUCUCUUUGUCUCAUCACACAUGAGGGCUGUUCUCUCUUGUCCUCUGCCCUCAAAUCAAACCCCUCCUACCUGAAACAGCUGGAUCUGAGCUACAAUCACCCAGGAGACUCAGGUGUCAGAGAGCUCACAGACAGACUGAAUGAUCCCGGCUGUAAACUAGAGACGUUGAGGUAUGACCAUGGAGGAGAGUGCAGGAUUAAACCAGGACACAGAAAAUAUGCCUGUGAGCUCACACUGGACCCAAAUACAGCACACAGACAACUCUCUCUCUCUGAGGGGAACAGAAAGGUGACAUGGGGGAGUCAGCAGCCGUAUCCUGACCACCCAGAGAGAUUUAAAUACUACUCCCAGGUGCUGUGUAGAGAGGGUCUGUCUGGACACCACCCAGAGACAUGUGACAGUCUGGGUCAGAGUCCAGUCAGCACGGGUCAGUCUGGACGCUACUACUGGGAGGCUGAGUGGAGUGGUGAUAGUGCUGGUAUAGCAGUGGCCUAUACAAGCAUGGAGAGGAAAGGGGACAGCAGCUGGUUUGGAGGUAAUGCCAAGUCCUGGAGUCUGUUGUGCUCUAGUAGCAGUUACUCUGCCUGGCACAAUAGUAAGAAGACUGCCAUACCUGCCCCCUCCUCCCGCUCCAGAAGAGUAGGAGUGUACCUGGACUGGCCAGCAGGCACUCUGUCCUUCUACAGCGUCUCCUCUAACACACUCACCCACCUGCACACGUUCCACACCACAUUCACUGAGCCCCUCUAUCCUGGGUUUUGGGUUCAUCUUAACUCCUCAGUGUCCCUGUGCCAGAUCACAUGACCUCCUAAUCCUGCAGCGGAGGAGAGCCACACACUCCUGUUUACACACUCCUGUGUGUGUGUGUGUGUGUGUGUGUGUGUGUGUGUGUGUGUGUGUGUGUGUGUGUGUGUGUGUGUGUG